AUGACGCAAUCCGAGGACGAGAAUAUCGACCCGAGGAAUACAGCAAGCGAGAUAAAUGGACAAGAGCACAUAGAAGGUGACAACAAGGCUGAAAAAAUCAGUGAAAAGGCGGGCCAAGGUGCCACAAACGAACACCAUUCUGAUGAUGAAGGAGGUCCAUUGAGUGGUACUACUUCGCCAGGAAGUCCCCGGUCACCAAAGAAAGAACGAGAUCUGUCUUUCUUUCCGCUGUCGCUGACCAUUAUGGCUAAUCCGUGGUCGUUAUUCGGGUUCAAAAAUGCCGACAGACAAGAGUCUCGUUAUAAUUCCGAAAGUGAAGAAGAAAGGGAUAGAAUGCCAUUUAGUGAUGCUGAAUACGAGCAAAGUGGUUCACCGGAGGAGCCUGAGGGAACUAAUGAUCCACCGGUGCCAGCAAAGGACUAUGACACAGAAACCAAUGGUGACGAGUUACAAAGACCACGUCCAUCAACUGGUCACCAGCGUAGUUCCUUUGCGUUUAUUCCAUCCAUACUUCGUAAUGACUCGUCUAUGCCGUCGAACCAUCAAGAUACAAAUGAGGACAAGGGUCGUAAACGUAAAUUUCAAUUUUUUUCAAGAAAGGGCAAGAAAGACCGUGAUCGCAAAGCCAGCACUGCUGUUCCUCAGGAUGACGCUGACGUAGCUACCGGAGAGCGGGCACAACUGCUUAUUGCUUCGUUAAUUGUGGGCGCACCAUCGAUAAAUUUGGUUGCUUCCUGUCUUCUUGAAGACGAAAGAGGCAUUGCUCGGGCUCCAUUGCUUUUGUCACUUUUGGGAUUUCAAAUCAUCGAUAUCUCGCCUUCUGUGGGCACAAAAAAUCGCAGGUUCAGUAUCGACUUGGAGUAUGGCGUGGGUCCUCAAAGACUCAAAUGGCUGGUUGAAAAAAAUGCCAAAGAUUUACUCUAUUUACAUUCACGGUUCAAGUUCGGCAGCUGGCGUACAGAUGGCCGCAAAGACUUGCCCAGAUACCCGCUUCCUCCAUUGCGGUUUCGUGAGAACGAUGGAAAGUCAAAAACCGGCAAGACAGACGGCCCAAUGGAGAGCAUAGGACAUGCUUUACAUCAAGACGCCAACUCUCAUGAAGAUGCACCGGACGCUGAUAAUGGAUCCACUACCACGUCUCGAAACCACCUUUCAAGCAUCACCUCGUUGUCACGACUCCGCUCACACAUAAGUGGAUUCUCCAGUGACGGGUCGUCGGAAAUUUCACCAGAGCAAUUGCAUAUUCGCCAGGCUCGUAAUAACGAGUAUAUUCAACAGGUUACGCACUACUUAAAUGAGCUUAUCAAGGUGGUAGGCUUGAAACCCCUGUCAAACAGAUUGUUUCAGUUCUUUGAGGUUUCACCUAUCUCUUCAUUAUUGAGUUAUGAAGGUUCUGUGGACGGCUCACAUAUCGGAAAACAAGGUGUGAUUCAUAUAGGAGGCACGGCAAAGUCACAAGGAUGGCGUGUGGGUCAUUUUCGUGCUAAUGAUCUCAAAGGAAUGAUUGAUAGAAGACUGGAGAAAUGGCUCUUGGUUCGGAACUCUUACUUGAUGUACGUUUCGGAUAUCAACUCAACGCUUCCACUUGAAGUUUUCCUUGUGGAUCUGCACUUCAAAAUGAUUUAUCGAGGCGACGAUGGACAAAAGCUUUUAGCCCGUGGAGAUGAUGAAGCUGAAGAAGAUGAAAGUGAUUACGAUGAUUCUUCUUUGGCUCAAAAAGCCAUGGCAACGACUGCGGAUACAACGGCCAACGCAAAACACAAAAAUGUGUUCAACCAUCUUAAAAUCACCCUCUACAAUAGGGAAAGAAAACUAGUAUUGAUUCCCAAAUCUCACAAGGAGCAGAAAAUGUGGGUUCGUGCCAUAAAGGAAAUGCAGAAUGCAACAGUAUGGUCACAGCCUCAUCGAUUCGAUUCUUUUGCGCCAGUACGCAACAACUGUUUUGCACAAUGGUUUGUCGAUGCCAGAGAUUAUUUUUGGGCAAUUUCUUCGGCACUUGAGUUGGCCAAAGAUGUCAUUUUCAUCCACGAUUGGUGGCUUUCUCCCGAAUUGUACUUGAGAAGACCUGCCAAUGGUAACCAACAGUGGAGAAUUGAUCGUAUUUUACAACGGAAAGCACAGCAAGGUGUAAAGAUCUUUGUCAUUGUCUACCGUAAUGUCGGUACCACUGUUGCUACGGAUUCUCUUUAUACCAAACAUUCGAUUUUGUCGCUCCACGAAGACAAUAUUCACGUCAUACGUUCGCCCAAUCAGUUGCUUCAGAACACAUACUUUUGGGCUCAUCACGAAAAGCUUUGUGUCAUUGACCAGACUGUUGCAUUUGUUGGAGGCAUUGAUCUUUGUUACGGACGUUAUGAUACCCCAGAUCAUGUCAUUAUUGAUGAUUCCAAAAUCAACUUUGAUACUUUGGAUGAGCAAUAUCCACCCACCGCCGAGGAGUUCGUCAAGUUCCAGACAUUUCCCGGUAAGGACUACUCCAAUCCUCGUGUCAAAGACUUCUUUGACCUUGAUAAGCCAUACGAAUCGAUGUAUGAUCGUGAUAGCGUUCCACGUAUGCCGUGGCAUGAUGUUCACAUGGUGACUUCUGGUAAAGUUGCUCGCGAUCUUGCUCGUCAUUUCGUUCAAAGAUGGAAUUAUUUAAUCAGACAAAAGAGACCAUCUCGGUAUACUCCACUUUUGCUUCCUCCUCCUGAUAUGUCUGACAAGGAAGUGGAGGAUCUCGGAUUGGGAGGUACAUGCGAAGUUCAACUACUUCGUUCUUCAGGUAAUUGGUCUCUUGGAUUAAAGCAGCACGAAGAGAGUAUCCAGAAUGCCUACUUGAAACUCAUUGAGACGUCUGAGCACUUUGUGUACAUCGAGAACCAAUUCUUCAUCACGUCUUGCGUGGUUGAUGGAACUUUUGUGCAAAACAGAAUUGGCGAUGCUUUGGUCGAUCGUAUAAUAAAGGCACAUCAGCAAGGACAGCUGUGGCGGGCAAUCAUUGUCAUACCUUUGAUGCCCGGUUUUGAAUCCCAAGUUGACGAACCUGAUGGUUCGGCUGUGCGUGUGAUCAUGCAAUGUGAGUACAUGUCUAUUUCACAGGGUAGUACAUCUAUCUUUGCCAAGCUUCGUCGUUAUGGAAUAGAUCCCGACGACUACAUUCAGUUCUUUUCGUUGAGAAAAUGGGGAAGAAUUGGUCCUGAUCGCAACCUUGUCACGGAACAACUUUAUAUCCAUGCCAAAACUAUGAUUGUUGACGAUCGUGCAGUGAUCAUUGGAAGCGCCAAUAUCAAUGAGCGGUCUAUGCGAGGAGUCCGUGACUCUGAGGUGGCUGCAAUUGUUCGUGACAAAGAAGCAGUUAAUUCAAUGAUGAACGGAAAACCAUUCAAAGCUGCCAAAUUUGCUCACACGUUGAGAAUGAGACUUAUGCGUGAGCACCUUGGAGUCAGCGUAGAUGUGGUAGAUAUCAUUGAGAGGAGGUUCCAGAAGUUUGAGAGUUUUGCAAGAGAGCCUAAAGGAUUGGAGGCUGCAACUAACAAUUUUAAGAAUUUGGAGUAUAAGGUGAUGUCUGCGAUGGUUGAGUUGGCUUCCCGUGACAUAUUCGGUGAAAAACAGGGCACUUUUAGGUGGAAGAAUUUCCAUGGCAGACAGAAAGUACAGCCUCAACCAGAGCUGGUUUCCAUGGAUGAAGAGAACGAAGCAGAAAGAGAAAAUGAUAUGCCGACUCCACUUUCCUUGCCUGUUUCAUUCAACAAUCGAACUGGUACCAAAGAAGCCAACAGAGGCAUUCGUGACAAGAAGAAGCAUUCGUACGAUGCUAGAGUCCAACAUAGCGAUAACCACAAGAGAGAUGUGUACGGAAAAGGACCAGAUAAGUACAAAACCCGGCUUGCACGGAGAGCGAGAUUUGAUAGUAGUCGUUUCUUGAAGGAUUUAGCCCACAAGGCCAUCGGGAAAAACCCAUCAAAAGCAUUUUUACCUCCUAUGGAAGACGUUAUGGAAUUCUUGGAAAGUGACGACUAUGAUAUGAGUGACGAGAUGGAUGAGGAUUCUGAAGCUAUGAUUCAUGAGCGCAACAAGGAGAGAUUGGCGCUCUUGAAGAAAAUCUCAUAUUUGCAACGAGUCGCUGCUAGAGAGAAGGAAACACAGGAAGAAGAGCAAAAGAAACGGGCUGUUGCUGGCCUUCCAGUUGGAACACCUGAGGAUGGAAUUAAGAGGUCUACGAAUGUUCUGAGCGCCGAUCUCAUACCAAAUAACAGUCGUGGAGGUGAACAAGGUCUGGCUAACGGAGCAGAAAGAAGGGAUUUGGAAGGGGAUAUUCCUAUUACUUCUCUUGAUGAGAAGGAUUGCAGAAACCUUGUGCUGUCGCUCACCAGUCCUAAUAUUGAAAAGUUCACCACAUUCGUGGAUCCUUAUGGGUUCCUGGAUCCUCUUGACGUUGGGUUUUACGAGGAUAUAUGGUACGAGCAUGCUCGCAGAAACACCGAGAUCUUCCGGAUGGUGUUCCAUCCUCAACCAGAUAACAGAGUAACAUCUUGGAAGGACUACAAGAAGUUUCUGAAACUUCAGAAAGCAUUUGUACUUGCUCAGCAACACGAAUCUUCUCGCAGAAGAAAGCAAAGGCCCGUCAAUACUGAUGCUCUGCUGGAAAACUCUGAUGUUCAACAUAGCGAUGCUGGGUCAGUUUCCGAUGCUAGUAUAAUCAAACGUGACGAUGGGAAGCGGCCAACAAUCAACUUCAGCAAACUUAAUCAUGAUGGUGGACUUCUCGGUGAUGCUCCGCCAUCUGGGGAUGGUUCUUCGGCGCCAAAUGCCAAUGGUUCGAAGAGCAAGAAGAAGUCUUUGAGAAGAGAUAAAGAUGACAAACCUGAUCCACCCGCAAUGAAUGAGGAAAUAGACGACGGUGAUAUGACCGGAGGAGAGUCUGAGAAUGAAUCGGACAUUUAUGAGAGCUCAGAAGAAAUGUUCCACAAUGCUAAUGAAACGCCAGACAAUGAUGCUCUGCUGUUUGCACGCAGGAAAAAGGCCCCUAGACUCGGAGCGUUUGCACGCAGAAGAAGAGAGGUGAUGGGCAAUCGCAUUUUUGACCGUGAAACCGCCGAAAGAAUCUUGAAUGAAAUUCAGGGCCAUUUGGUGGUUUUCCCCACAGAAUGGCUUUCGCGAGAAUUGGACGGAGGAAACUGGUUCUACAAUACGGAUCGACUUCCACCCAUUGAGAUCUACGAUUGA